AUUCGCAUCCUGGAUCGAGCGCCACGUCGCACAGCGGAGUCUUCCAGAACUCGCGCAUGAAACACAGCCGAUGAUCAGCGUCGAUCCGGAGAGGAAUGCAGUGAAAUAAUCUGCAGGAGAGAAACAGCAAUCAUGGUGAAGAGUGUGAACUCAGAAGUUCAGUCCAAGAGUGAAACGUAUGAAGGAGGAGAAGAACAGACAGAAAUCAACCCGUCUGCAGCAGAUGGCGGUAAGGAGCACCCUGUGGCUCCGCCCGCGAUGAUCUGGCGCGUGACCGGCGGCCUCUUCAGCGCCACGAAGGGCGUGGUCGGAGCCACGGUGGGCGGAGUCGCUUGGCUGGGCGGGAAAAGUUUGGAGAUCACCAAAUCAGCAGUGACCGCGGUGCCCUCGGUGGGCAUCGGUCUGGUGAAGGGCGGAGUUUCUGCAGGCGGGGGCGUGUCCACGGUGGGAUCGACAGUAGCCAAUAAAGUUCCAUUCACGGGAAAGAGGAAAGACAAAUCAGAGUGAAAAAAAAAAAAGGACGAUUAUAAGAACCUCCCAUUUAAACCGAACACUUGUGUGCUGUGCUCAUGCGCAGUAAUGCUGAUUUUCUGUGCUGUUGUUUUGAUUGGUCACCAGAGACAUUGACAGAUCUUUUUGACCAAUCAACGUCCAAGACAUUUGCGCAAAAGGGAGUUUUGUACAUCAUACAGUGGGUUUUUGAUGUAAACAGGGUUGAUCUCAAUGGAAAAUAGGUUUUUCUUAAAUCAUCUCCAAUCUGCGACCAAAGACACGGGUAUCAGUGAUGUUUUUUGUAGCUGUUAACCAACGUCAUCUGAUUUCUGCUGAAAUGUUAUCGGUCGAAUUGUGUUUAUAAAUUCAAUUUUUUAUUAUUUGAAUAUAAUAAAGUCAUGUAAAGCA